AUGGAGGGGCUGGUUUUGCUCAAGGCCCUGGUCACCAGGCUGCUGUUCGUGUUGCACUCUCUGGUCGCUGUCUGGCGAGUGACCUGGGUGAAAAAAGAGCACCGUUACUGGCUGCUGGCCCUGCUCAACCUCUUGCUGAUCCUGGAGACAGUGCUCACCCUCAAGUUCAAGCGCGGCAGAGGCUACAAAUGGCUUUCUCCGGCCAUCUUUUUAUACCUGAUCAACAUCAUGCCAUCCUUGUGGCUCCUUGAAAUGCACCAUGGAAACCAGUAUUGCAGUGCCCAGCCUGAGAAACCAGCACAGAACUUCAGCAGAAGAGGAGAUGUCAAUCAAACCCUGACAUCCCAUGGACACACCAAUGGAAUGGGAAAUAUCCUUGACCUGGCCUUGGGGUUCGUAGAUAACUUAUCCAUGGUAUGUGAACCAGUCUGGACCCUAGGACUCCAUCAAACGCUGCUGUUAAUAUUGAUCAUUGGGCGGUGGCUCCUGCCCAUUGGAGGAACCAUUACUAGAGACCAACUUUCAGAACUUCUUCUGAUAUUUGUGGGGACAGCGGCCGACAUACUGGAAUUCACCACCGAGACUCUAAAGGAAAAUGAUGUCAGGAAUAACCCUACAUUGGUCUCUGGCAUCCUAGUGGUAUGGACAUGGAGCAUGCUGCAGUUUCCCCUGGACUUGGCAGUUCAGUUGAAACUGGUAUGCCCCUCCUCUGUGAAAGCCAGGGGCUUCCUCAGGCUGUUCCUGUGCCAGUACAGUGCCGAUCUAUGGGCCAUUGGCCUCAGUUUCUUCAUUCAAGAUGGCCCCUUCCUUGUUGUGCGCCUUGUCCUGAUGACCUAUUUCAAAGUGAUCAACCACAUGCUGGUGUUCUUUGCCGUGAAGAAUUCCCUGGUGAUGGCACUGCACUUCUACCGACUGGUGGCUUUGAUCAUGGCCACCCGUGCUUCCAUGCGAGAUCAUCCAGAAAGUCCCCAAACACGGCACACUGGCCCAGACCAACCCUCUGAGAGUAGUCCCAGUGAGUGGGAGGACACCUCCAGGGAGGCCCUGCCUUUGCAAACCUCACCUGUCACCUCUGAGGAAUCCUACCCCAUACCUUAG